AUGAGUGAAGAAGACCACUAUGCAGAAGUUGAUAUAUCUGAUGAAUUAGAGGAUUCUGAAAACCUCUUUAAAAAUGAAAAACAAUUUGAAGUUAACGAAGACGAACCAAAUUCUAUACAGAACUCUGAAGUCCUGAUUAGUGAAGAUCCUGAUUCAGGAGAGAAAAAAGUCACAAAUGUAAAGACAGACGUUGUUCGCAUCACAAAGUUACCAAUGGCUAGAAUAAAGAAUAUAAUGAAAAUGGAUCCCGAUGUACAUGUUGUGAAUUCCGAAGCUGUAUUUCUUGUUACGAAGGCGACGGAAAUGUUUCUAGAAACAAUUGCAAAGGAAACCUAUAACUAUACAUUACAACACAAACGGAAGACAAUAGCUAAGAAAGAUUUGGAUGUUAUUAUCAAUAAAGUGGACUGUUUGUGUUUUUUAGAAGGUGCUAUGGACUUUUAA